GAGGAUUAAUGUAGUGACACCGUUACCAUGGAGACAACACACAUCCGGACGCUCAGCUAAGGAAGAGGCUAAAAGGACAUGGACUCGGAGUAUAUCAAAAAGCACCUGGGAAAAUGUCUCGCUGAGGGACUCGCCGAGGUGGCCGAGCAGCGCCCUGUGGACCCCAUCGAUUACCUGGCUCACUGGCUUUACAAAUACAAUGAGAAUGUUGAAUACAAGGCGAAGCACAAAGCCGCCUUGGCUCCGCUGGAGCAGGAGCAGGCCAGAGAGGAGGAGAUGCUCCAGCAGAAGCUCAGGGAGGAAGAGCAGAAGAUUAAUGAGGCCUCGGAAGAGUCCAAAAAAGCAAUGGAAGCAAAGGUUUCAACUCCUCCAUCUAAUCCUGUGGUUGAGCAGUCCAGUGACUCCCUCCAAACCAGUGUUGCAGUGUUACCUGAAGGAGAUAAUCAGAUCUCUCAGAAAGAGCAAACAGGGUCUGAUGUGACCCAAACGGCCACGGCAGAAGCUGCAGAGGAGAACAAACCUCUGAGCGCAGAGAAACUCAUCACCUCUGAUUCAGAAAACCAGCAGGAUAUGGAGGAGCACCAAACCAAAGCUCAGGAAAAUGACACUGAGCAGGAGGUGAAGAAUACAGAUAAUGAAACCGCUACAGAGGCUACUGGGGGGGAAACAGCGGAGAUCAAAACAUCUGAGCUUGCCAGCGCUCAAGUCAAAGAUGAGUCUGAAGAAAUACCUGCAGAGAAAAAUGAGACAGAGCCAAGCGGCGAUAAAGUAGCAGAGCAAGAGGUUGGCCGCGAUGAUGAUGAUAAGCAGGGUGUCGAUCCAGCUGAAACUGCUGAACCUGUCGCCACCGAGCCAUUACAGCCAACUUCUGGCCAAGAUGCUGAUGAUUUAAAACCAAUCAACAGCGAGGAAACGCACGAGAAACAAAACCCUCAGUCCCCUGACCCGCAAGAGAAAGAGAAGAAGACUGAUGAACCUGAAAUGAGUGAAGCUGAUGGCUCCAUCCAAGCGGAGUCAGCCUCUGGUCCUCAGAGUGAAGAUCUCAAACCAGACGAGACAGUCUCUGUUGAAGAAGAGGCAAAAGAAGAGCAACAGGAGACGCACAAACCAAAUUCUCGUCCUCCUCAGGACCAGGAGAAGGAGGCAGACGGACAGCAGACAAGCGAGGCCGCUGAUACCACGACUCCGGCUGACACUGAUGGAGGGGAAGAUAGGACAGUGUCCAGUGAGGGGCCGGUGACCUCCCAGGACGAACCUGAAAAAUCUCCCUCUGACAAGGAGGACGCCCAGCAGGAGGAAGAAGACAAAACAGAAGAAGAGGCAUGACCUGCUUGAUGUCGUUAUCUCACUGAUCCACAUGACCUACCUGACACAGAUUAAAAUGAGCUCCAGUGUACAUAGAGCUAUCUGACACUGUCACCCACCUAAUACCUGGUGAUGUGUACAUGAUGGAUAUGUAUUGUGUAAAUAUGCAAUUGUGGAAGUUUGAAUAAAUAAACUAUGAA